UUUUAAUUUUGAAUGAAAUUAUUAAUAUUGAUGUAAAUACAUGAAUAAUGAUGAUAUUGGAAUAUAUUUUAAAGUUCCACGAUCAAGACUGUUUACAAAUUAUAUCAGAUGAAGACAAUUUGGGCUAUUUUAGUAUCAAAAUUGACUUUCUGAAACUUUUUGAAACUCAUCCAGAUGUGGGUGACAAAGUUCUUUGCAAUCCUGUAGACAGUUUGCCUACUUGUAGUAGGGACAUAAUAAAGGCCCAACAAAAGAUAUUAGAACAAGACGAAUAUAAACAACAAGUGGUAAAACUAAAUUUCAAGUCGUUAAAGAAGAAUGUACAUGCUAGAUUCUUUGGUUUGCCAGUUUGUCCUGAAUUACAUCGGACUGUAUUUCCAAAAAAUAUAGAUCUGGGAUGUUUUUUGAAGGUCACAGGAACAGUUGUAAGAGUAACACAAGCAAAAAUGUUAGAAUAUCAGAGAAAAUAUGUCUGCAUGAAAUGCAAGUAUGAAAAUGAAGUGGAAGCAGACUUUGAAAACCGAUACAUUUUGAAAGCACCAGCAAAGUGUGGGAACGAAGACACAAGGUGUAAAAGUUCAACUUUCUCACAAGUNACACAAGUUCACUUAGUAUCAAGGGAACAUUGUAAAGAUUAUCAGGAAAUCAAAAUUCAGGAGUUAGUAAAUAAGUUAAGCAUAGGAACUAUACCUGGAUCGAUGUGGGUAGUCCUUGAAAAUGAUCUGGUUGACAGUUGUAAACCUGGAGAUGAUGUAAACAUUUGUGGUACAGUUCGUCGCCGGUGGCGUCCUACCGCCCAGAACAAGAAAGCUGAAGUGGAGUUGGUGCUCCAAGCCAACUUUGUGGAAGUCUGCAAUUCUCAACGGUCUGAUGUGGUGACCGCUGCUCCGGAUGUUAAAGAGUGCUUCAGCGAAUUCUGGUCUAAGUUUGAAGCUUGCCCUUUGAAAGGAAGAGACCGUAUAUUAGCUUCAGUGUGUCCUCAGGUCUAUGGCCUCCAUUUGGUCAAACUGGCAGUGUUGCUGACUGUUAUAACAGGCUCAAAUCAUAUAGCAGAGAGUGAGGUGGAAAAAAAUGCGUCACCAGACGACAGCCAUACUACUAGAGUGCGCGGGCAGUGCCACUUGCUGUUGGUAGGCGAUCCAGGCACCGGCAAGUCACAGUUGCUACGUACGGGAGCGGAUCUCACCGCGCGAUCUGUGUUCACGUCUGGGGCGGGAAGCACUCGUGCUGGCCUCACAUGUGCGGCGCUUAGGGAGGAUGGCGAAUGGCAGUUAGAAGCGGGAGCUUUAGUGCUCUCAGACGGCGGCGUGUGCUGUAUCGACGAGAUAUCCCAGCUUAGCGAGCACGACCGCACCGCCAUACACGAAGCUAUGGAGCAGCAGACUAUCUCCAUCGCCAAGGCUGGCAUCGUAUGCAAACUGAACACGCGUUGCGCGGUCAUCGCCGCGUGCAACCCGAAGGGCCACUACCAAACUGAUCAGCCUCUGAGUGUUAACGUAUCGCUCCAGACUCCUUUGUUAAGUAGGUUCGAUUUGAUAUUCAUUCUUUUGGAUUCCAAGAACAAAGCAUGGGAUAAACUAGUCUCGUCUUACAUUUUAUUUGGAGAUUCCAAUUCGGCAUCAAAAAAAGAGUGGAGCCUUGAAAAAUUACAGAUGUACAUAAGCUUAGUGGGACCCCGACCGACAACCAUGACGAAGUCUGCCAAUAUGAUACUGCAGUCUUACUACAUGACGCAAAGAAAAUCGGAAUACAGGGACCCGUCUCGUACCACUGUAAGAAUGCUCGACAGUUUAGUGAGGCUGUCGCAAGCUCACUGCCGCCUUAUGUUCCGCACAACCAUUCUGCCAGUGGACGCCAUAGUAGCCGUCUCCCUUGUAGACCUCUCCAUGCAGGACUGCACUUUGAGUGACACGGUGGAUGCAUUACAUUCCACGUUCCAACGGUGCCCCGACUUCGACUACUUGUGUACAGCAAAGAAACUACUCACAAAACUAAAACUACCUGACAUAUGGAAAAAUGAACUGUUAUACUACGGAAAAUUGCUCCAAGUAGAUCAUAAGACCUUAGAAAAUGAUGUCGAUAAAGGAAAUUAUCAAUUGUUCGCUAAAUACGAUGACGUGACAGAUGAUAACAUUCCACUGUCUGCUACUUUGGUGACAAGUUCAUAUUUUAAUGGUAAGAAAAUUCGGCAAAAUUGUGAUGAUGAGGAUGCUUUCAAAGACAAAGAAAACACAAACAAUUUUAAUGAUGCCAAUGUGAACAGCAAAUUCGCUGAAACAUUAAAGAAACACGCAACAUUAAACAAAGAAGAGAAAGAAAUACCAAAAUUAGUGAAGAAAAAGAAUACAAACAAACGGAAACGAAAAGAGGUGACCAUUGAUGUAAAACUGGUUAAAAAUAAGAAAUUAAAGAGAUCUAAGAAAACAGAAGCAAGUUCAACAGAAAGUGAGGAAGACACAAGAGAUGAAACAUUGAUUCUCAAUGCUGUACCCAGUGUUAAUGACAUAUUUUCUGAAUUAGGAAUAGAUUUAAAAUUUGAAAGUGAAAAUCAUGAUGAUAAAGAUAAUUUAGAAUUAAGAAACAAUGAGGAAUCAGAUAAUCAUUUAUAUGAAGGUAAUAUUAGAAAAACAAACAAACAGCCUGACCUAAAUAAAAUGGAAAAACAUACUGAGAAGGGAGAAUCAUCUACAAAAAAACAAACUGAAAUGAAAGUAAACAAAAGUACAGAGAAAACAAAACCAGCAAAAGAAUCUUCAAAUGGUGCAACUUCAAAUAAAACAUUAGAUAAAUUGAAACAAUUUCAGUUCACAGAGAAACAUGACCUGAGUAAAUUUUAUGAAGAAAAAACUGAAAAACAGUCACCAAGUAAAAAUACUGUAGUGAAAAUAGAAGAUAUUAGUACAGUUAGUGUUCCUUGUUCAUCCAAAAGCGCUGCAAAACCGAAGUCGUCAGUAACCAACUCACAAAUAUCGAUAUUUGAAAGCUUCUGUGAUGAAGAUAAAACAGAAAAACAGUCGCCCAACAAAAAUGCUAAAGUAAAAUUAGAAGAUUCUAGAGUUCUAUGUUCAGCAAACAGACCUAGUAAACUAAAGUCAGUAACUAACUCACAAAUAUCAAUAUUUGAAAGUUCAGACUGUGAUGAAGAAAAGAUAGAAAAACAAUCACCUAGCAAUGUUCCCUGUAUAGAAAACAGUGCUACAAAAGUGAGAUCAGUGCCUAACUCCCAAAUAUCAAUAUUUGAAAGUUCAGACUGUGAUAUAGAUUUAGAUAUCUAAAGAGUAAGGAAUCAUGAAUUUACAGUUGUUAUUUUUUAAAUAAAACUCAUGUUGU